AUGCUUUGGAUCUCUGAUGUUGUUUCCAUUAUUAUUGGUUCAUCAAUUUAUUACGUUGGGAUAUUUGGAAAAGAGCGGGAAGAUGAAGAUUUCCAUCUUUUGGAACCUCUUCUGAAAAGUAGUUCCAAUCGAAACCAUGAUGUUGACAUACAAGGAUCAAGUGGGGGUGGAGAGAGUAUAACUUCUUAUGCAAAUGCCAAUCUUCUUAGUUUUUUAACUUUUUCUUGGAUGAGUCCUCUGGUUGCACUUGGAUAUAAGAAAACAUUGGACCUUGAAGAUGUCCCUCAACUUUCCAAUUGUGAUAGUGCCAAUAUGGUCUUUUCUUGUUUUAGAAAUAAAAUUGAAUCCGAUAGUAAAAAUGGUGGUCAAGUAAGCUCACUCAAACUAAUGAAGGCAUUGAUUCUCCUAACUUGGAAAGAAAUUCUAUGGACGGGUCUAUUGUCUAUUGUAUGCACAUUGGCUUCUUAUGUUGGACCAUAUUUUAUUGAAGCCUUUUUUCAGUAUCUAAAGAGCUCUCGCCAACUAAAAUAUGAAGGUUAUGUGUUAGUGUUUAUUUUCUUUCUUUCAAAACUUAUAAGGUGCUUCUCAGAGAGACAUUUGUUCUUUCAAUUGCGAAAAAUGGGAAACAGGGUCCGUACAGCCUUGUUUGCAAUAAUAUAUAAGAAGAAUCUUAGUCUUUCAAGCCAAGCAAAGCAGGGCCACACUAGUGGGGAGAACGUUAAUUUAAUGACUGUUGAUGUUGAGAAGACUGGAUUUUUCAGUUGGUACUUGCAUGAUAUAUGGAGGGUGCCUGUUCAAUUUAUUCUAGCUUUGUUGAACUUGUACAAGAGGCUUGGCCUCGCUUCACUUGUAGCUUUUGCUGUCACAAUGAUUUUGAUGUUAGCGAAUGCUCCAUUGGUAAAACUACAGGAGAAAAUUCAGGGGAAAUUGAUGGAUUCAAAGGAUCGAAGGAUGAAGGUGACAUCUGAGGCUCUAAGGAAUAUGAGGAUCCUUAAGCUCCAGGGAUGGGAGAUGAAAUUCUUGUCUAAAAUAAUUGAGCGUAGGAAAUUUGAAAUGAAAUGGUUAAAGAAGUUACUUUAUACAUCCGCUAUGGCUUCCUUUGUCUACUCUUCUACUCCCUUGUUUGUAUCUAUGGCUACUUUUGGGUCCUGUGAGCUUAUGGGAAUUCAAUUAGACGCAGGAAAGAUUUUAUCUGCACUUGCAACAUUCCAAAUGUUGCAAGGGCCUAUUUAUAAUCUCCCGGAUACAAUCUCUAUGAUACUUCAGAUUAAAGUCUCCCUUGAUAGGAUAACCACAUUUCUCUGUCUUGAUGACUUUGAUAAAAAUAUAGUACAAAAGCUUCCAAGAGAUAGUACCGAAGUUGCAGUUGAGAUAGUGAAGGGGAAUUUCUCUUGGGACAUUCAUUCUCCCAAUCUUACAUUACAAGAUCUUAAUUUCCAAGUGAAACAUGGCAUGAAAGUGGUUAUUUGUGGUUCUGUUGGGUCAGGUAAGUCAAGCAUACUUUCAUGCAUAUUAGGAGAAGUGCCAAAGGUAUCUGGAGCUAUUAAGUUAAAGGGGACAACGGCUUAUGUUGCACAAACACCUUGGAUACAGAGUGGAAAGAUAGUAGAUAAUAUAUUGUUUGGUAAAGAAAUGGACAAGGAAAGAUACGAGAUGAUCCUUGAAGCAUGUUCAUUGAAGAAGGACCUAGAAUUGUUUGCCUUUGGGGACCAGACUAUCAUAGGGGAGAGGGGGAUCAACUUGAGUGGUGGACAAAAGCAAAGAAUCCAGAUUGCACGCGCAUUGUACCACGAUGCUGAUAUUUAUCUACUUGAUGAUCCUUUUAGUGCUGUUGAUGCUCACACAGGAACUCAUCUAUUUAAGGAGUGUUUGCUGGGAAUCUUGGGUUCAAAAACAGUAAUUUAUGUUACUCAUCAAGUAGAGUUUUUUCCUUCUGCCGAUCUUAUUCUGGUGAUGAAAGGUGGAAAAAUUACUCAAGCAGGAAAGUAUGAAGAAAUUCUUAGUUCAGGAACUGAUUUUAUGGAGUUAGUGGGUGCACAUAAGAAAGCUUUGGCAAAACUUAAUUCUAUCGGACAUGGGGCUGCUUUGGAUAAUUUAAUUAAUGACAAGGAAGUUGAUAAUAUGUUGUGUAGUGAGAACUCUAAUCAAGAUGAUGAAGUAAUAGAAUCCAAUAACUACAAAAUAGAAAAACUGAUUGAGCCAAAAGGGCAGCUUGUUCAAGAAGAAAAGAGAGAAAAGGGUGGAGUUAAUCCUUUAUUAUAUUUGAAGUAUGUUACAACUGCAUAUAAAGGGGCUUUUGUACCAUGGAUACUUCUGGCACAAAUUCUUUUUGAGCUUCUCCAAAUAGUUAGUAGUUAUUGGAUGGUGCUAGAUAAUCCUGAUUCUGGGGAGGAUGUACGACCUCAUGUUAUGGGAUCCACUCUCAUCUUUAUUUAUGUUGCUUUAACCUUUGGAAGUUCUCUUUGUACACUUAUAAGGUCUAUGCUUAUUGUAACUGCUGGAUACAAGACUUCUACUCUGCUAUUCAACAAAAUGCAUUUAUGCAUUUUUCGUGCUCCCAUGUCGUUUUUUGAUUCUACUCCAAGUGGAAGGAUUCUAAAUCGGGUAUCUAUAGAUCAAAGUGCAGUUGAUACUUCUAUUCCACAUAAAUUUGAAGAACUUCUUAUCUCAAUCAUAGGAUUCCUGGGAACAAUAGCAGUAAUGUCACAAGUUGCAUGGCAGAUGUUGAUAGUUUCUAUUCCAAUGACCGUUGCAUGCAUUUGGUACCAGAUCUUGAUGCGAAAGUUUCCAAGGUUGAAGAGGCUUGUCCCAGUGGAGAAGACAAUAGGAGGAGUUGCCACCUCACUUUCUACUAAAGGGGUAUGGUUUCAAAUUGUUGAGGUGGAAUCCACUAAGGACUUUGUGACACUCAAAAUUAUGGCGAGUGUACCAAACUCGCUUGGGAGAAUGGUGAGGAAUUCCCACGAAGAAUACGGUAAGUACCAAGGAGUUUGA